CUUCCCCCACAGUUUAACCCGCCCUCCUCUCUUUCACUUCGCCAUGUCUUGUUUGCUUGUCCUUUUGCAAGUCCAGCCUUGAUCUCUCUCACACACUGCACAUAGUGAGAUAUCAUACUCGCACUCCCUCUCUCUCGUUCUGCAAAUUUCCCGUCGAGUGCUCGUUUGACUUCGUCCACAACUAUGGCAGUCAAAGCGAAGCAUAAGCCCGAAUAUGAAUUCUUUGGCCCUCCUGGCGCCAUAGUCUUGAUUCUCGGGCUACCUGUUCUAGCGUGGUCCACCAUUCUCUUUUGCAACGACGUUUCCGGUUGUCCUGCCCCGGCUCUCCUCGAUUGGAACACCCUGACAUGGGAGAAGCUCAAAGCCCAGACACCCUUGGGCCAACAAGGCCUCUCUACGCUAUUUGAUCUCGGCGUUUUUGGUUGGGUCUCGGCAUAUUUUGGCUUGUUGGUGUUCCUCCAGCUGGUUCUACCAGGGGAUGAGCUCGAGGGCACCGUUUUGGGAACAGGAGGAAGGCAUAAAUACAAGUUCAACUCAUUCAGCUCGGCUGUAGUGAUUUUUGCUGGUCUGGCCGCGGGCACCGCCUACCAAGGCGCUGAUUUUGUGGUUUGGACCUAUAUCUGGGACCACUACCUUCAGAUUGAGACGGCCGCAUUAAUCAUCGCCGUUCUUCAAGCAGUCUACGUGUACCUCGCUUCAUUCAGUGUCCCCCACCCCGGAAAACCGAACCCAACCCAUCGAGAACUAGCCGCGGGUGGCCAUACCGGAAACAUUGUCUACGACUUCUUCAUUGGAAGGGAGCUCAAUCCACGAAUCCAGGUGCCCACAUGGAUCCCAAUCGCAGGUGGUCAAGUCCUUGAUAUCAAACUCUGGAAUGAAAUGAGACCUGGCUUGAUCGGCUAUAUUAUCCUUAACCUGACUUUCAUCGUCCGUCAAUACAAGACCUACGGCUACGUUACCGACUCCAUCAUCCUCGUACCAAUGUUUCAAUCAUUCUAUGUACUCGAUGGUCUGUAUAUGGAACGGGCUAUCUUGACGACCAUCGAUUGCAUCACUGAUGGGUUCGGGUUCAUGCUCUCCUUUGGCGACAUUGUGUGGGUUCCCUUCAUCUACAGCAUGCAGAGUCGGUAUCUUGCUGUCUAUCCGCACACCUUGGGAGCAUCAGGCAUCGCCGGGGUAUUGGCCAUUCAAGGCCUUGGUUACUACAUCUUCCGCUCAUCCAACAAUGAAAAGAAUCGAUUCCGGACCAAUCCCAACGAUCCUCGAGUCUCACAUCUAGAGUCUAUGACCACGGAAUCCGGUUCCAAGCUGCUUGUUUCUGGCUGGUGGGGUCGUGCGCGUCACAUCAACUAUCUGGGUGAUUGGAUCAUGUCCUUCAGCUACUCCAUUCCCACAGGCAUCGCCGGCUACAUGGUGAACAAAUAUCAGAACCCCGUCACAGGCAACGUGACAAAGGAAGUUGUACAAGGCGAGGCCAGAGGGUGGGGCAUGAUUUUUACCUAUUUCUAUAUUAUUUAUUUCGGUGUGCUGUUGGUCCACCGAGAGUUGAGGGACGAGGAGAAAUGUCGAAGAAAGUAUGGCAAAGACUGGGAGAAGUACUGCGCGAGGGUCAAGUACCGCAUCAUCCCUUAUGUCUACUGAUGAGUAGACAAGACCACGAUUGGUGGUCAUGGUUGUACAUAGCAU